AUGGGGGAGCGGGAAGGGGGAGCGGGAAGGGCUUACCUUGAUGUUGAUCUGGUCGCCCACUUCCGGCUUCGCGUCCACGGCCGGCUUGGUGUCUUCGGGCGCUUUGUCGGACAUGGUUGCGGCGGGGGGGCGGGGGGGAGGGGGGGGGGAGGGGCGGGGCGGGAGGUGGCGGACGGGGUGGAGGCGGGGGCGAUGUGGCGGUGGGCGAAAGCGCGGGGAAAGCGCAGGGGAUGA